UAAAGAUGGAGGAUUCCGCUCGGUAAGAGCAGAAAUGUUGAUUUGGCGUGGUGCAAACUUAUGUUACUCAGUCUUUUGCUUCUGCAUGGAAUUAGUAUAAUAAUUUGAAUCAAUGGGUUGUUUGAGUUUGGCUUACGUCAUAAUCUGAGUUUUCGGAGGAGCAGAUAUGUCGCUACUCCAAAUACUUCAUGGUUCUUUAACUGUAACGUGUGUAUUGUCCAACGAUUGCAGAAAUUUAGAUGUGAAUAGUCUGUGCAUCACCGGGAUGAGAGAUGACUGGAGACUGUUAAAAAAGUAAAGAACUUUGGUACAUUUUGACCAGUGGGGCAAAAGCGGGUGAAUAAUGGGCAUAGAUCAUAGUGAAGAAAUGGGCGGAUUUUGAUUGUGUGACAAGAUUAUUACCAUUUGGAUCAUUGCCCCAUCUUGAACAUUACUUAGCCGAAUUCUUCUCUACCAAAAUUUAGUCAUUCUAACCAUCUGCCGUAUCAUAGUGGUUUUUUGCCCAUUAUAAUACCAUGUUUACCUCACCUGGCCAUAUCAACCAUUAUAUAAUCACUCAUCACCCAUUUCUGUUCGACUGGGUGGUACUAAAACAAGAAAUGGAAAACAGUGCUUCUAAUUAGGUCUUUCACAGACAUACAUACCUUGAUAUAAAUGCAAACUUAAUCAGUGAUAUGGAUCAAAGGUAAACGUUACAUUUUGUCUGGCAUAUCUUACUACCUUGGUAAUUUUGUAGAAAGGUGUGGGUCAUCUGAGAAAUAACAGUAAUUCUGUCUACAAUUAGCCCAGCUUAAAUGAAUCAGAUUCUGUAUUUAUUAACCAAACAAUUGGAUUUUUCGCAUGGUGUUGAUCUUUAGAGGUGAAGUCUCCAGCUAUCAAAAUAAGAACCUUAGUAUCGACUUAUGUAUAUAAUUCUUCAGUAGUGUAUAUCUUUUUAAUGUGUUCUGUAUAUCGGGUGAUUACCAAUAAAAUGGGUUCUUACCAUGGAACCGGCAAAUUCACACUUCACUUUCAGGCCAUUUAUAGUAAGAAUGAAUUAUUUUUUGCUGUCUUAGUACACCUGCUUAAGGGUAAAAUAAAAGUUCAUAUUAGACGUCGUGAAACUUUGAUUAAGGUGCAGACGUAGUGUGCGCAUAUCUUGACUUCAACCAUGUAGAUUCCCGAACUGAUUGGCUUAUCGAUAUCUUCGAACUAAGAGGACCAGCGGAAAUUGGCACGGUGUCAGAUAGGUCAGUUAGUCUUCUCUGUAAGUUUCAGACCAACAGUGCCUCCAUAGAUUACUUCCACUUUGUGUUAAGACUGUCGGUUGAAGUGGGAUUAAGUUGGAAGAACUUGAGAAUGGUCAUAAUCAAACACUAGUGCUUCUCAGUGUGUGGUUCUCGAACUAAGUCACGAGGUGGGAUGCGACUAUCUGCCAUUCUGCUCAUGAAUUAACUGUAAUUUCUUAACUGUCAUGGUAUUAUUUCAUGAUUUUAACCAACGUUUCAUCUCGCUUUAGAUGCAUUUGUGAGGCGUAUCACUCGUUAGUGGCGCAAGGUCUCAUAUAUUCUCUACAUGAUUCGGUCGCAGUUGUGAUGAUGCGGCUCACGUAUUCUGGUCGUCACUAACUUGAUCUUACUCACAUUUCUCCUGUGUUCUUUUUUGAGUAGUUUCGAAACCUGGACUGGUUUAUACCUGUAUGAUUUUGCUGUCUGGUUUGGUUUGACCACCCUUCUAGUUGGUCUUAGGCGUUUCCACUAACUCGUUUUGAUAGACAAUAAAUGAGUUGUGGAUACCUAAGGAGCUGUGUACAUUUAUGAACCAGCAGCUAAAAAGUGAGUUUCUGCCUAGCUUUUCUGAGGUCCUUUUGCGAUAGCAUAUUAAAUCGAAGUUAGCGAAUGUUUUAUAUUAUGUGUACUGUGGUCUUAUACAUUUUUGAUGUUAACCCAUUCCCUAAUCAAUAGUAAUAAGAAAUUAACUUCCAGCGAUAGAAGGUAAAAUAAAGUUUAGUGUCUCUAAGUAUCGAUGUUUUGUGAAAUCAUACUAGUCCUGGUAUAUCAACAAUUUCGCAACGUAAUCACUGUGUAGGUUGCACUUGUCGUAGUCUGGGAACUACAUUUGAUUUCCUUCAGAUCAUUUUUAACCAAUGCGUUCAGGUCUCCAAUCUCACUGGAACUUCUAGAUAGUGGGUCAGUAUAUUACAUUUUCCCAAUAAGUGGUUGAUAGUCUAGUGGACAAACUACAAGGUUAUGGCGAUGGCUUGUAUUUGCAAUCUUAGUCUUUCGUCUGCAGUAAACCAGAAAGUAAGAUGUUAAUCACUGACGAGCAAAUUCUUCUCAAAUGCUAAUAUAAAAGUGACAUCUUUAGAUAAGUCUGUGUUCAUCAAUUUUAGUAUUUAUUCACUAGUUUCUCUGUGUCUGUUCUAAUUUAAUGCUACAGAAUACUACGUAUUAUUUUUAUAAGCUUAUCUCUUUUCCCCUUACUCUCGGCUCAGCAAGCUGAUCAAUUUGUUUCUGCAGGUGAAUUCCGGCUGUUCAUUGUUUAAUCUUCAAUGGUCAUUAAUAAUAAUGUAGGCAAAACAUGCUUGAUCGCCUUUAAAUUAUAUAGUGUCGCUGUUGUAUUACGAAGAGCUCAGUAUGCUCCGUUGUAAUUAAAUCUUAAUGUCUAAUCUACGGGCUUUGGUUCUGUUGUCACUGCACUUAUGGUUAAGAUUCUUUACCAGCAUUUUUAUAAAUUGGAGUCAUACAUCAGUUUGGAAGUUUUUUUCCAGACUUUAUACUUCAGUCUGUAUUAAAGAUUAAAUUGUUGGGUUAACAAGUGUGCUGUUUAACAACCAUAAUUGAUAAGCGUCGUUAACCUAGAACACAACUGAUAUAUUCGUUUUAAUACUUCGGCUAUGUCAUGUAGGGGCCCAUUAUUUAGUAAAAAAUGUUGUUCAUGAUAGACAAUUGUAUUUUAUACUCUCCUGGAAGUUAGUUCACCAGUAAUAUUUCUCCUGAUAAUUUUUAUACUCAUCAGGUAGAUAAUCUUUUUCAGGCUAUCAAUGCUGUCUAUAAAAAACAAUCGCGAUGACAGACAUCGAAAACGCCGCUCUCAUCGAGAUGAGUCAGAUUACAACUAUGAUUCUAAUUUCUACUAUCGGGAAUCCAAUAACCACUAUUCGGGAUAUGUAGAUAAAUACGAUGGUAAUAAUUAUCAAGAUAGAUAUCCAAGAUCAUACACUGAACAAGAUGAUCACAGUCGACGUCACAAAAAGUCCAAGCAUCGUAGUUCUAGUGGUGAAACUAGUCAUGAACAUAAACGAUCUCAUCAUAAGAAAAAAUCUCGCAAGUCUUCAAAACGUGAUAAGAGUAGUCGUAAGUCAGUGUCUGACCAUGAAGAUAAAUCUUCGUCGCUAGUUGAAAAUGAAGAAAAUGAGGAGGAUAUUAUUAAACGAAGACGCUUAGAACGACAAAAGCUAUUGGAAAAGUUAGAGACGGAAAACCAAAAUGAAGUUGCUUCUGUUACUAAAGAUGCGGAAAAGCCAAAUUCUGAAAUAAAUCAGGUUGACAGUCUAACAGAUAUGUGUACGUUUGAUGACACAGAAGACUUUGACUUCGAGAGUUUUGUGCAAGCCAAGUUAGAGUGCAUUAAAGCAGCUCCAACAAAUAAUUCAGAUCAGUCAUAUUCACCAAGUGGACGUUUAUCAGGUUUACAAGCUCCUGCAGCAAUGGCACUUCUUCAAGAUAAAAGAAAAACUGAAUCACAUAUGAAUAAUUGUAAUUCCAAAACCACGGCGUUUGAUAUGUUUGCUGAGGAAUUUGAGGUGGAGUUACAUCAUGCACCAGGCACAAUGGCAAUAGGCGCUAUGGCUUCUGAAAAUCACUCUCUUACAGACAACUGGGAUGAUGCAGAGGGAUAUUACCGUGUUCGUAUUGGUGAGGUUUUGGACAAACGAUAUACUGUUUAUGGAUAUACAGGACAUGGAGUGUUUUCAAACGUUGUUAGAGCCAGAGACAGCGCUCGUGGUAAUUUAGAGGUUGCAGUUAAGAUAAUAAGAAACAACGAUGUGAUGCACAAAUCUGGUCUAAAAGAAUUAGAAGUACUGAAAAAGCUCAAUGAUGCUGAUCCACACGAUCGUUUCCAUUGUUUACGACUUUAUCGUCACUUCUUUCAUAAAAAUCAUUUGUGCAUGGUAUUCGAGUUGAUGAGUUUAAAUCUACGUGAAGUAUUAAAAAAGUAUGGACGCAAUAUUGGGCUGCAUAUUGCUGCCAUACGCUCGUAUACACAACAGCUUUUGUUAGCUUUAAAAUUAAUGCGCAAGUGUGGUAUUUUACAUGCAGAUAUCAAACCUGAUAAUAUACUUGUAAAUGAAAGCAAAAUACUGCUUAAGUUAUCUGAUUUUGGAUCAGCGUCUACUGUACAGGAUAAUGAUAUUACACCUUAUCUUGUUUCACGUUUUUAUCGUGCUCCAGAAAUAAUUUUAGGUGUUCCCUAUGACUAUAAUGUGGAUUUAUGGUCCACAAGUGUAACGCUAUUUGAAUUACACACUGGGAAAAUUAUGUUCCCUGGGAAGACUAAUAAUGAAAUGUUACGCUUGAUGAUGGAGGUCAAAGGACGUAUGCCAGGUCGUGUAAUUCGUCGUGGAAUGUUUCGUACUCAACAUUUUGAUGAACAGUGCAAUUUUAUUCAUCAUGAAGUGGAUAAAGUAACACAAAAGGUUUGCUAAUUUCUUAGGAACAUAUGUAUAUGUAUUUAAGUUUAAAUUUAAUUUUUAUUAUAUGUUUCUUAGUCAUAUUACUUCUAACACUUUCAAAAAUAGGUACUAGAGUUCCAUUUAUUAAGACCUCGCUUCUUGAAAGAUCAAAGCGGUUUUAGAAUAUUUUUUCCCAAGGGAUUCAUGUGGUUUGAUUGGUGGAUGGUGAUUGAAAUAACUGUGACACAUGCGAACUGAUUACUGAAUCCCAUUCAACACAUUUCACUAAACUUGGCGUUUUCCCGGAUACUUUACGGCUGUCAGAAAAAUUCUCAUAUGUUGCUACACCGUUAUAAAUCUGACCAACUCUCCUUAGGCUAUUCCAUAAGGUUAAGUAAGACUUGAAUAGGUGUGCAACAAAACCUUCAAGUGAUCUCUGUUGAUAUCUGGUUUUCGUGUUUUUUCUUUUUUUUUGAAACACAAGAUAUAGAUUACGAGUGCAGGUAUUCGGCUAUUCACCACCAUGAUGCUUGCCAUUUGUGUUCUCACAUCCUUAUACGGUACGUGGUAGCAGGUGAAGAGAUAAACAAGAUAAUUGGGAAUGACCGCUGUGAUCUAAAGGAUGUCACAUGCAAUGUACUCAUCACUGUUUCGUGUAAGAGAUCGGUAACAGAUACUAAAAUUUUAGUCAUUUUUGAUAGUAUCCGGCAGCGGUAGGUCGUGUAAUGUUUUUUCAAAGGCCAACUCAAGGCGUUCUUCAUAUCUUCUACAUUUCCGGUGGCAGUUAAACAGGCAUUACUUAAUUCAUAGCUAGAUUGGGAUAUUUUAUUCUCUCUAAACACUGGACCGAUUCGAAAAUACUGAACUUCUUCCUGUGUAAUAUGCUGAUAAUUUUACAAUCUGUUGGUGAAACACUGACGAUCAGAUAUCAAAAUUGUAUUCCCUUUAGUUACACACAGACACCGCUUUUAUUUAGAUUGCUGGAACUGUUUCCACCAUUUUGUGAUUAAGUAGAGUUACUUUGCGUAAUAAACUUACCAUACUUAUCAUCUCAAGUCUAUGGUUAGUGAUUCAACUAAAACUAAGUGCGCUUUGAUAUUUAACCUGUAUGUUGUUUUUUAGUAAGACGCUAAAACCAGCAGAUUCCAGAUGUAUUUAUCAUUUCGUGGGUAAUGUGAUGGUAGUUACUCUUUCCUUCAGGGACGCGUAUCAUCAUUUAUCGAAUAGUGAAAUCAAGGUGAGAUUUGAAAAUCGCUACAACACACUACAAAUCGAUUUGGUUUGUGAAAUUAUUCGGGUAGGUGGUAGUUGUUAACUUUGAUAGUGUAAUCCUACAAAUUACAAACUUUCAUUGGUCAUAUAUUAGGGUGGGGAUGGGAUAUUUACCAGUACUUGGAUCGUGUAUUUCAUCCUACUUGAAGAGAUAGGUCCUAGUGAGUGAGUGACUUAGUUUGAACAACAUCCACAGACUAAUGAUUAACUUUGACACGGAAAGCGAAGAGCUCUCUAUCCGCAUAACUUCCCCUGUAGUCCACUUCAGUCUUACAAAGUAAUAUGAAAUUUUACUUUCCGCACUUUCUUGACGAGUCAGUUUGUCUCUCCAAAGUCUUUAUCAUCAGAUAUUCCGAAAUGCUUGAUUGUCAUGUGUUUCCUCUGUGUAAGCCUUCCAAAAUAAGCCGGUGUCAAUUGGUUAUAUAAAACCAUAUGAUUGAGACACUGGGUUAUUCUGUACUCUAUCCAGUGCUUUAAAAGUAUAUGAUGUUUCAAAGGGAUGUAGACAGGGUUUCGUUUUUCCGAGUAGCUAACUGCAAACAGGACGAUGGUUCGUAAGGUCAAGUUGUGUAAUAGUAUAUCUUUGGUCCUCGUUAACUGAUGCUGAUUAACCAGAAAGCGUAAGUGUAUCGCGUCUGAUAUGAUCAAGAGUCUUUGCAAACUUUCGAUGUACAGCACAUCAGCAACAUGACUUUGCUUUGUAGAGUGGAGUCCCAACCGCCUCAGUCGCACAUGAGGGAAUUCUUCAGAUCUGAGUCAUUUAUGGCGUUUAGGAAAUGCAGUUCCCUGACUGUGAUGCAUCAAGGUAGUAGAAUUUUGAUGAAAGUUAACGGUGUCUACAGAUAUACUCACUAUUGUGGCCCGUGUCGCCACCCACUGGAUGUCUCUGUGUGAGUGUGUAACUUUCUUUUGCUUGAAAGAAGUCAUAUUUUAAAAACUGCUUGUUUUUUACGCAACUAUUUGUUGAUAUUCAGUAAUAAAAAGUAUACUGAAUAGACAUACACUUGAACUGUAGUUCAGAUGUAUUUGGAAAUUGCUCACAACGACUGGGUAGCAGUAUUCAUCAGGAUGGUAUCAUUAUUAUUCUCUAACGAUUAUAUGAGACAAUGACAACCAGAUCAGUUGGCACAAUAGGAUGAAAAUCAGCCGAAGUAUGCAGCCUUUUUGAGGUAUGAUGCGUGUGCACAUCAUAGUUUUUUUUCUGUAUGUGUAUAGAUAAUGACAACUAAAUAAAAAAGUUGAAUAACAACACUUUCUUUGCUUAUUGUUAAUGUUUUUUUCCACAUAGGAUAAAACGACAGUGAUUCGCAAUUUACAGCCUACAAGAGAUUUAAUGAAAGAUCUUGUUGGCCAGUCGAAGUUAAGUGAACCAAUUCUCCGAAAGGUAACACAAUUUCGUGAUCUGUUAGAAAGAACGCUAAUGCUUGAUCCUACACGCCGUAUUUCCUUGAACGAAGCCUUACAACAUCCUUUUAUCACAGAGCGUAUGUCUGCUAACACGGAGUCAAAUAAACAACAGCAACAACAACAACCGCCUCCACCACAGUGAAGUGUAGUUUUUGCUCAAAAUCAUGAAUACUUGUGUAUUCAUUAUUGUAAAUAAGAAUGAUGAUUUGUAUUAUUUGGAAAUGUGAUCUCUUUACAGAUGUAAAUAUUCUUGAAGAAUACUUUCCCUUUUUUGGAUUGAUUUCUGUUUCCUUCUAGUUGGCUAUUUGGGACUUGCCUUAAAAGUAGUGGUGCGUAGAUUUUUUAGUGGAACGGAAUUAUUGUUAGACAGCAGCUUACUUUUUAUUUUACUGUGGUCAUUUAGUUUUAAUUCGCUAUCACAGUUGUCGUCACUAAGCA